ACGACACAGUUGAAUUGUUUACAAACCCAAAUCACUCUAAUUCUACUUGAUUUGAUUGAAUUAGGUUAGAUUGGACUGGACUUCUAACAGUAGUGGGCCUGCCUGGGAGCCCAUUAACAUUCUUGUAUGCGAACACAAAUGCAAAAAUAAAAUUCCGUGAAUAUUCGAAUCUAGCACUCAGUCUGUCACUAUCAAUUUGAAGAUUCAAACAUCCAUAACAUGACAUGACGUGCAUAAACUAUUGAGAGAGAGAGAGAGAGCAUGGUGACAAAACUCCUGCAUAGUGUGAUCAGAGGAGCAUGAGCAGCUAUAAUUAUACUGAAUAAUAUAUAUUGUCGUCCAGUCCAGAGACAUAUAGGCAGAUAGAGACUUAAUACUAUUGAUUAGCAGGGUGGCCUUUGCCCUGGCCUGCCUGCCUGCCUGCAGGGAUAUAAUGGAUCUUCGUUGCCAAUAAAAUAACCAACUCCCACCUCCUCCAUAUAUCCAUCAAUAUUUAAUGCUACUCAUAUUCAUAUUCAUAUACGUAUACCCCCACCCCCACUACUAGCUACUCAUCAUCAAGAUGCUAGCAAGAGUUUUCAAUACUCCCACGCCAUGGCGAAGCCCCCCGCCGGCAGGCUCUCAGGCCGGCGGCGACUCCGCCGCCAAUAACCUCCCUAACUCAAUAUACGACCAAGAGUACCAAGACUUCAUAUACGGCUUCGUCAAUGACAUCCCACUCAUCUUCUUCACUACUAGUAAUAAGACUACUACUACUAUUAGUCCUCCUCAGCCUCAUACAUUAAUAAACGACUCCGACGACUUAGACUCAGACAAAUCUGACUCAGACUCGACGACGCAGCAGCUGACCAUCAGCCAGGUUCUCAGGGCAUCCGUGGGAGUCAUCGGGGAAAGCCCUUUAGGGAUCACCGAAAAGAUCGUGCUCUCCGGAACUACUAUUUGCGCCAUGAAAAGAUUCCGGCGAGUCACCGUACGGAAGAAUGAGUUCGGGAGGAGGAUAUGGAGCAUAGCUCGAAUAGGAAAGCAGUGCCAGUAUCUAGUCCCUCUUACAGCUUACCUCUACACAAAGAGGAUCAAGUUCCUCCUCUCCCACUACUAUCCCAUGGGCUCCCUCGCCGAUCUGCUCUCCGGUGCUAGAGAACAGGGGCAAACUGCUCUGGAAUGGAAGCAUCGCCUGAAAAUAAUCCAAUGCAUAGCAAAAGCAAUCGCAUUCAUCCACUCCCAGAACGCUGCGGAACAAGACAAGCAGCGAUUCUUGCAACUAAAUGUCCACGGCAACAUCAAAUCCUCCAACGUUAUGAUAAACAUCGACUUCUCCGCCUGCCUGUCGGACUACGGCUUCAUCCACUUGGCGGCGGCGGAGGCGGAGGCGGAGGCGGCGGCGGCGGCGGCGGUGGUUCACGACACUGGGCAGCCUCAGCCUCAGCCUCGGCCUCAGCUCUACGACAAAACAGUGUCGCAGGAAAGUGAUGUGUAUAACUUUGGUGUGGUGAUUUUGGACAUUCUGGGAUGGCCUAGUGGCAAUAAGGCCGGUGGGUUAUUGUUUGAGUUUUGUGUGGAAGGAAAAGAGGAGUGGCAAGCGUCCAAGGUUUUCGAGAUUUCCUCGAAUUGUACCCAUAGGUUGUCCCAUGCAAGACCUCGUAUUCAUCAAAUUGUCUCUACUCUACAACACUUGGGGGGGUCAAGUUAUUAAGUAGAAGAAAUUAAUAUAUCUAUGCCGUUUAGGAUAGUUUCUUUUUUUUUUUCUUCUGUUAUGAUGAUUGGGGCAACCAACGAAAUAAUCCUGUUUGUUUCAUUUUGACCUAUAUAAAUAAGAUUCAAUCAUUUGUUAAGAAUAAGGAAUCUUUUGAUUAUUACUAUGAUGCUAU